AAGCAGCAGGGAACGUAAAGCCCAAAGGCAAAGCCGUUUUGCCUCUCCACGACACAUCUCCUAAAAUUAAUCUAAUCCAGACCACCUCUCUUCUCCUUCAUCGUCAUCAUCUUCUUCACCGUUCUUUUGUAAUAACACUCAAUCAAAUCCAAUUUACCUAUAAAAUAUCCCUCCAACACGGUUCGGUGGUUCCUACGGAAAGCAUAGGCAUCUGUGUGUCGAAGCCCACAGCUGCGGCACGCAGAGCCUCUUCAGCCGAGCUGAUUCAGAGGCUCUCGAACCCAGCCCUACCACCACCACCAGCACGACUUCCACCGCCAGCACCUCCGACUUCUUCUUCUACUUCCAUUUACCCCGAAUCUAAACGAAAACUUAGAACUACAAAAAUUAACAAAGAAAUGAAAGGCCUUUUCAAAUCUAAGCCACGUACCCCCGUCGACGUCGUCAGACAAACUCGCGAUCUUCUUAUUUACGCUAGCAGCGGUUCUGAUAUUCGUGAAUCCAAGCGCGAAGAGAAGAUGGCAGAGUUAUGUAAAAACAUAAGAGAGAUGAAACAGAUACUUUAUGGCAAUAGUGAAUCUGAGCCAGUUUCAGAGGCUUGUGCACAAUUGACUCAGGAGUUCUUCAGGCAAAACACAAUGCGGCUUUUGAUCACAUGUCUCCCAAAAUUGAACUUAGAGGCCCGAAAAGAUGCCACUCAGAUUAUUGCUAAUUUACAAAGGCAACAAGUUCAAUCAAAGUUGAUUGCAUCUGAUUACUUGGAAGCAAAUAUGGAUCUUUUGGACAUUUUGAUAUCAGGUUAUGAGAACACAGAUAUGGCUUUACAUUAUGGUGCUAUGCUGCGGGAGUGCAUUCGUCAUCAGACUAUCGCAAGGUAUGUGUUGGAAUCACAGCACAUGAAGAAGUUCUUUGACUAUAUACAGCUUCCAAAUUUCGAUAUUGCUGCAGAUGCUGCUGCAACUUUUAAGGAAUUGCUGGUAAGGCAUAAAUCUACUGUGGCCGAAUUUCUUUCUAAGAAUUAUGACUGGUUUUUUGCGGAUUAUAACUCAAAACUGUUGGAAUCUUCCAAUUACAUCACAAGACGACAAGCUAUCAAGCUGUUGGUGGAUAUAUUACUGGAUCGCUCUAAUUCCGUUGUGAUGACAAAAUAUGUGAGCUCAAGGGACAACUUGAGGAUACUUAUGAAUCUUCUGAGAGAGUCUAGCAAGAGUAUUCAGAUAGAAGCAUUUCAUGUUUUCAAGUUGUUCGCGGCUAAUCAAAAUAAACCUCCAGAUAUCGUAAGCAUACUUGUCGCAAAUAGAAGCAAGCUUCUCCGCUUGUUUGCUGAUCUCAAAACUGAUAAAGAGGAUGAACAGUUUGAGGCUGACAAAACUCAGGUUGUCAGGGAAAUUGUUGCGCUCGAGCCUAGAGAUCGCUGAUGAAUGAGCUUUGUUUGUAUCACAUGUAUGUGCAAUCUCAUGAUGUCGUCUUCAUCAUUUAGAUGUGAAUUAUAUAGCUCGCAUAGUUCUCAAUAUGACACUUCAAAUAAUUGGUCUUUGUACUAUUAUGUUCUCCCUUGUAGUUUCUAUGACAUGUACUUUUUGUAGAGAAAAAGAAUAAAACUGUCUACGAGUUAUGUUUUUGUUGUAAUCGAUGUCUUACAAGCGAGAAACUUGUAAUAGAAAAGAAUGUCGAAGGUAAUUGUAAUAAAAACUAUAAGAAGAGAAUGCAUGUUUAUGAUGAAGUGAUUGUGGGCGCUGAA